GUAUUUAUGAGCACGUUGAUUUGUUAAUGAUUAAGGGGGUCGAGGUUGUUUUUCUCCUUAAGGAAGCUGAUUCCACUGGAACCCAUUCUCUGUACACAACAUACAAAGACUAUGAGAUCAUGUUCCAUGUUUCUACCAUGCUGCCAUACACACCUAACAACAAGCAGCAGCUCCUACGGAAGCGGCACAUUGGAAACGAUAUCGUAACAAUUGUUUUCCAAGAGCCUGGAGCACAGCCAUUCAGCCCGAAAAACAUCCGAUCCCACUUUCAGCACGUUUUCGUCAUUGUCAGGGUUCACAACCCCUGCACUGACAGUGUCUGUUACAGUGUGGCCGUCACCAGGUCCAGAGAUGUGCCUUCCUUUGGACCUCCCAUCCCCAAAGGGGUCACUUUCCCUAAGUCAAAUGUGUUCAGGGACUUCCUUUUGGCCAAAGUGAUUAAUGCAGAAAAUGCCGCUCAUAAGUCAGAGAAGUUCCGGGCCAUGGCAACCCGGACACGUCAAGAAUACCUGAAAGAUCUGGCAGAAAAGAAUGUCACCAACACCCCUAUUGACCCGUCCGGCAAGUUUCCGUUCAUCUCUCUGGCCUCCAAGAAGAAAGAAAAGUCUAAGCCAUACCCAGGAGCUGAGCUCAGUAGCAUGGGGGCCAUUGUGUGGGCUGUCCGGGCCAAAGACUACAACAAGGCUAUGGAGAUAGACUGCCUACUCGGGGUCUCCAAUGAGUUCAUCGUCCUCAUCGAACAGGAAACAAAGAGCGUGGUUUUCAACUGUUCCUGCAGAGAUGUGAUCGGGUGGACCUCAACCGACACCAGCCUCAAAAUCUUCUACGAACGAGGUGAAUGUGUGUCAGUGGAGAGUUUCAUUAACAAUGAGGACAUCAAAGAGAUUGUCAGAAGGCUUCAGUUCGUGUCAAAAGGCUGUGAAUCGGUGGAGAUGACUCUGCGAAGGAAUGGGCUGGGACAGCUUGGCUUCCAUGUCAACUACGAGGGCAUCGUGGCAGAUGUGGAGCCCUACGGCUAUGCCUGGCAGGCAGGGCUGAGGCAGGGCAGCCGGCUGGUGGAGAUCUGCAAGGUGGCGGUGGCCACUCUGAGCCACGAGCAGAUGAUCGAUCUCCUGAGAACAUCUGUCACGGUGAAAGUUGUCAUUAUCCCCCCACAUGAUGACUGCACCCCACGGAGGAGUUGCUCUGAGACCUACCGCAUGCCAGUGAUGGAGUACAAAAUGAACGAAGGGGUUUCCUACGAAUUCAAGUUUCCCUUUCGAAAUAAUAACAAGUGGCAGAGGAAUGCCAACAAGGGGCCUCAUUCACCUCAAGUUCCAUCCCAGGUGCAGAGUCCCAUGACCUCGAGGCUGAAUGCUGGGAAAGGAGACGGGAAGAUGCCUCCUCCAGAAAGAGCCGCCAACAUUCCUCGAAGCAUCUCCAGUGACGGGCGCCCACUGGAGAGGCGGCUGUCUCCUGGUUCAGACAUCUAUGUGACGGUCUCAUCCAUGGCUUUAGCAAGAUCCCAGCCAUGUCGCAACUCCCCAAGCAAUCUGUCUUCAUCCAGCGAGACUGGCUCUGGCGGGAGCACUUACAGGCAAAAGUCCAUGCCCGAAGGGUUUGGAAUAAGCCGCAGAUCCCCAGCCUCCAUCGACAGGCAGAACACCCAGUCAGACAUUGGUGGCAGCGGGAAAUCCACACCCAGCUGGCAAAGAAGCGAGGAUAGCAUUGCCGACCAGAUGGCUUACAGUUAUAGAGGACCUCAGGAUUUCAAUUCUUUUGUCCUCGAGCAGCAUGAAUAUACAGAGCCAACGUGCCACCUCCCAGCAGUAUCAAAGGUACUGCCAGCUUUCCGAGAGAGCCCCGGUGGGAGACUAAUGCGUCAGGAUCCGGUGGUUCAUUUGUCUCCAAACAAACAAGGGCACUCUGAGAGCCACUACUCAAGCCACUCCAGCAGCAAUACCCUUUCCAGCAACGCAUCAAGCGCCCACAGCGACGAGAAGUGGUAUGACGGGGACCGCACCGAAUCCGAGCUGAACAGCUACAACUACUUGCAAGGCACCUCCGCAGACAGCGGCAUUGACACCACUUCCUACGGCCCUAGCCACGGGAGCACGGCCUCCCUGGGGGCGGCCACGUCGUCACCACGCUCGGGGCCGGGCAAGGAGAAAGUGGCCCCCCUGUGGCACAGUUCCAGUGAAGUCAUCUCCAUGGCAGAUCGGACUUUAGAUUCAGAGAGCCACGGCAUGGACCGGAAAACUGAGUCCUCCCUGAGCUUGGACAUCCAUGCCAAGAGCCAGGCCGGCUCAAACCCUCUGACCAGGGAGAACAGCACGUUCAGUAUCAAUGACGCUGCUUCCCACACCAGUACCCUGAGCUCCCGACACUCUGCCAGCCCAGUUGUCUUCACCAGUGCCAGAAGUUCACCAAAAGAAGAACUGCAUCCUGCCACCUCCUCGCAGCUCGUUCCUUCCUUCUCAUCUUCCUCCUCCUCCGGUCCUAGGACUUUCUACCCUCGCCAGGGCGCUACUAGCAAGUACCUAAUUGGAUGGAAGAAACCCGAAGGAACCAUAAACUCUGUGGGAUUUAUGGACACAAGAAAGCGUCAUCAGAGUGAUGGCAAUGAAAUAGCCCACACCAGGCUGCGUGCCUCAACCAGGGACCUCCGGGCAUCCCCAAAGCCAACCUCCAAGUCCACCAUUGAGGAGAAUCUCAAGAAACUCAUCAAUCUGGAAAGCCCAACUCCUGAAUCCCAGAAGAACUUUAAGUUCCACGCGCUCUCCUCUCCUCAGUCUCCCUUUCCCACCACUCCCACCUCAAGGCGGGCCUUGCACAGAACGCUGUCCGAUGAGAGUAUUUACAGCGGCCAGAGGGAGCACUUUUUCACCUCAAGGGCUUCGCUUCUGGACCAAGCCCUGCCCAACGAUGUCCUCUUCAGUAGCACAUACCCUUCUCUCCCCAAGUCUCUUCCAUUGCGGAGGCCUUCUUACACCUUGGGAAUGAAGUCGCUGCACGGAGAGUUCUCGGCCUCGGACAGCUCCCUCAAUGACAUCCAGGAGACCCAAAGGCCGCCCAUGCCCGACCCCGGCCUCAUGCCCCUGCCCGACGCUGCUGCAGAUUUGGAUUGGUCCAACCUGGUGGAUGCUGCCAAGGCAUAUGAGGUCCAGAGAGCCUCGUUCUUUGCUGCUAGUGAUGAAAACCAUCGCCCUCUGAGUGCUGCAUCCAACAAUGACCAGCUUGAAGAGCAGGCUCUGGCCCAGAUGAAGUCUUACAGCAGCAGUAAAAAUUCCUCUCCCACUCUGGCUUCUAAAGUGGACCAGCUGGAAGGGAUGCUGAAGUUGCUGCGAGAAGAUCUGAAGAAGGAAAAAGAAGACAAAGCUCACCUUCAGGCGGAGGUUCAGCACUUGCGAGAGGACAACCUGAGGCUGCAGGAGGAAUCCCAGAACGCCUCCGACAAGCUAAAGAAGUUUACGGAGUGGGUCUUCAACACCAUCGACAUGAGCUAGGCCGGGAGGUGGGGGGGGGGGGGCCCCGCCGGGGCGCGCCCUUUAGUGCCGCCAGUGAAGGCAUCCUCCGAGCUCCUGCCCCAGCUCCCAACUUUGCCCCCUUUAGGGGAGCGCACAACACAACAAUUGCAGAUCAACAAUCAUUAUCUGCCUUUUGUAGAAAAGAAAAAGAAAAAGGUAAAUAAAAAUUUUAAAAAGUAAAAUAAAAGUUUAACUGCUAAAA